UUAUGCAGGAGUGAGCGCGAGGUACGUGCUGCAUUUUCAUCCGCCUGCCUUCCCAGCCUGGCUGCAAGUUUCUGGUAUUCAUGCCAGUAAAGGCAGAUGCUGCAACUCCUAUUGAAGGCCUCAGAGAAAAUGCAGUUGCGUGGUGUUUUUUCCACAGACAGCAUGAACUUUGACAGAGACAAAGCAGCUACUGCAGCUCACCGGUCCUGUAGUUCUCUGCCCUCUAUAGAGCGCGCUGUGCUGACACGGCAAAGCUUUGUUUCACGUGCACAAAGCCCUGAUCCCAGCAGGAUCUAUAAAGAGGCCCGACACAGGCCUGCAUCUGGUCUGGUCUGAACUUUACACAGGCACAAUGAGCAAGAUUAUCUUCUAUGAAGACAGGAACUUCCAGGGUCGGCACUAUGAGUGCAGCAGUGACUGCCCCGAGACGCAAAACUUCUUCAGUCGCUGCAACUCCAUAAGAGUUGAGAGCGGUUGCUGGGUGGCCUACGAGAAGCCCAACUAUGUUGGCUACCAGUACAUGCUGCACAAGGGAGAGUAUCCAGAUUACCAGCACUGGGCUGGCUUCAAUGACUGCAUCCGCUCCUGCCGUAUGGUGCCACCCUACGCUGGAAACUACAGGAUGAAGAUCUUUGAGCGAUCCGACUUUGCAGGCCAGAAUAUGGAGCUAAAUGAAGACUGCCCGGAUCUGCACGAGCGUUUCCACACCCGUGACAUCUCCUCUGCCAACGUCAUGGAGGGCUACUGGAUGCUGCACGAACACUCCAACUACAGGGGGCGCCAGUACUUCUUGCAACCCGGAGAAUACAGAAGGCAUAGCGAGUGGGGAAGCACCAGCCCCACUGUUGGAUCUCUGAGACGUGUCACACAGAACAACUGAUUCAUAGUAAAAGUUUUUUAACCCUAGUAUUUAAAGCCCCU